AUGGGCUCCACGAAGCAAGGUACAUGCAAGUUACUGGGGCCUGUGUCCCUGUGCAUCCAGCUCUUGAUGGGUCUCUUGGUUGUGGCGGUGCUUUUGCUCAAAAGAAACUACGAGUAUCCCAGACGGAAGUUGAUCGUUUGGACUUACGAUACCACUAAGCAAAUAGGAGGAUCGUUUGUCAUACAUGUGUUGAAUCUCGGUAUCAGCAUAUUGAAGAAACAGAACCUGCUGGUGAGGUCUGGCGGAAGUAAAGAUAAUAAUGAACAGUGCGAUUGGUAUUUUUUAAAUCUGCUCAUGGACACCACAGUGGGGAUUCCAAUUCUAUGGUUCAGUCUACAUUUCGUUGAGAAGACGCUCUCGAUUUUCAACGUGAAGAACAUUGAAAGUGGAAAUUAUUUCAGUCGUCAUAAGAUUCAUCAUCGCCAGAAUAAGAACAGUUCUAAUGACGAUGAACACCCUCUUUUCGUUGCCUUUUGCAAACAAUUCGUCGUUUUCAUUUGCGGUCUCUGUAUGAUGAAAUUCGCAAUCUUCAUUAUUUUGAACUACUACGAGCAAUUGGCAGAAUGGUUUGCGGAUAUUGUGUUAAGCUGGGCUGAUCCGUGGCCCAAUUUUCAAGUUUUCCUCAUCAUGUUCGUAUUUCCAAUUCUAUUGAACUGCUUCCAGUACUGUUGCGUCGAUAACAUUAUCAAAUUGCACUCUUUAAAUCUGGGCAAUUUGAACAAUUUCGAGCCAAACACUUUCAUCGCUGGAGGAGACGAAGAAGACCUCAUUUGGGACCAAAGCACGGAUAGCGUCUGCUCCUCGUACCACACUCAACAAGCAAAAGACACUGCAAGGUACGGAAGCACGUCAUAA